GGGGACGUUUCUUGCGUCCCGCAGUGUUGGGUGGGAUUUCUGGUGUCCCCGGCCACUUUCUUCUUCAAAGCCGAAGGUUCUGUGCGUACCCGCUUUUCCGGACAGGCGGCACCUCAGCACCUUGCAGAGAAGCACGGCAAGAAGAGGACAGCCAUCUCUGCGCCUUGUAGGACCUGGAAGAGGGUUCCAGUGAGCCCUUAGGAACGUGUCUCUCGCCGCCUCUCUUGGCUCCGCUCCGCACACGGACUUCCUUGUCCGUGUUAACUUUCAUGGAUCUGGCGCAGACAUCAGUUACCUUCAAGGACGUGGCAGUGACCUUUACCCAGGACGAGUGGGAGCAGCUGAACCCUGCCCAGAGGACCCUAUACUGGGAAGUGAUGCUGGAGACCUGUAGGCUCCUGAUCUCCCUGGGAUAUCCAGUUACCCAAUUAGAGCCAAUGCAUCUACCGGAGCACAGGCAGGAGCUAUGGAUGGUGAAGAGAGGCCUCUCCCGAAGUGUCUGUCCAGGAGCCAGAACAAAAUCAGAGACUACAGAACCAACCACUUCUCAGCUGCUUUUGUCUAAGCAACCUUCACUUCAGGUAUGGCUGGAACAGGGAGCUUCAAGGGACUCUGGGACUGGAAAAACGAAGACUCAGGUAGAACCAUCAGAAAUGCAGGAAAGAAUCUUAAAACCAGUGGCAGACCCCCACAAGGAGAUUGGCCCUGGGAAGUUGAAUCAUAAAUGCAAUGAGUUGGGGAUAGAUGACAGUCUACAUGCAAGGAUUUUACAGGAACACGUCUCUCCAGUAGGUGUUCUCCAUGAAAGUCAUGCACACAGACUAGUUAAAGACCCCAUGAAUCAAGCAGGGGAGAACCAUUACAAAUAUAGUGAAUGCAGGAAUAUCAGGAAUCAGAAUCUUGCACGUGGCUGUGUACGUGGUGAAGGGAAGCCCUAUGAAUGCAUACAGUGUGGAAAGACCUUCAGCUGUACAUCAGACCUCAUGCAGCACCAGCAGAUUCACACUGGAGAACAGCUUUUUGAGUGCCAUGAAUGUGGGAAAACCUUUUGCAACAGUUCUGCUCUCAGGCAACACAUGAAGAGUCACACUGAAAAGAAGCCCUAUGAAUGCAGUAAAUGUGGCAGGGCCUUCCUCAAUAAGUGUAAUUUAAUUAAGCAUGAGAAGAUCCACACUGGAGAAAGACCAUUUGUAUGCCAAGACUGCGGGAAAGCCUUUUGCAACAGAUAUAAUAUGACUCAACACAUGCAGAUUCACACUGGACUGAAGCCCUAUAACUGCAGUGACUGUGGGAAAGCUUUUUGUCGCAAGUCACACCUCACAGAGCACCGGCGGAUUCACACUGGAGAGAAGCCUUAUGAAUGCAGUAAAUGUGGAAAGUCUUUCUCCUACCACUCUGGUUUUGUCCAACAUACUUGGAUCCACACUGGUGAAAAACCCUUUAAGUGCAAAGAAUGUGGGAAAACCUUUUGCUCCAAGUUUAAUUUACGUCAGCACAUGAAUGUGCAGCACAUUGGAGAGAAGCCUCAUAAACGCAACAGAUAUAGAAAGGCCUUCAAUCAACGCUCAUCUCGUAUUCAUCAUAUGACCCACACUGGAUAAAAACUGAAUGCAAAGUGUGUGGGAAAGCCUUUUGCCGCUACUCUGAUUUCGGGUGACAUGACAAUUCACACUGGAGAGAAGCCCUAUGAGUGUAGAAAGCUUUCAUUCUCAAGUUACACCUCUAAAACACCAGCAGAUUCACAUGAGAUAAGCCAGUAAGUGUGGAAUUGCUUUCGUUUAAUAUUCAUCUUUAUCCAGCAUAAUAGGAUCCUCACUGUAGGAAACAUUUUUUACUACUUCAUGAAGACACCAAAAUGCCCCGCCCCCUUGCUCUCAUGUUCCCCAUGGUUAUAUCCUCUCAUUCACGUCUCCCUUGUACCACCAUGGCGUAUUUCCUCCAAGGCUGCUGGCUCCUGCCAGAGCCCUGAGGUGUUUCGGGCUUAGUACAGGUCUCUGGGGCCUAGUCUCUGGAGCCAUAACAGUUGCUGUCAAAUCUCAGCUCUGCUGGCUAGCAGCUGUAUUGCCCCUGUGCAGAGUUAUUUCAUUUCUCUCUGCUUCAGUUACCUCAUUAGUAAAAUGGGUAAUUUAGUAAUAUAGUACUUACUUCACAGGGCUGUUGUGAGAAUAAAUGGUUUCAUGUAUGACAAAACCCGAGAACAGAAUCCCUUGCUCCCUGAGUCUAUGUGGGUUGGCAGUUAUGGUCCCACUGUGUUAUGCCUGGACUCAAGAUCUUUUGGAGCAAUUUUGUGAAGUUUUUGGUUAAAGAGCAUAGAUACCAGAGAUAGACCCGAUUCCCAACUUGGAUCAAGUGCUUACCAUUUUCAUCCAUUUCAGCAAGUCAGAUUAUUGCCUUGACCUUCUUUACCUUCAUCUACAAAUGGUGUCUUUCAAGGGAUCGAUAUCAUCUGGAUGCUAUUAGAAACACCUAGAAUGAAUCAUUUCAUUUCAUUUUACUCAGGAUGUAAAAAGACUAAGACAUAAAGAGCAGCAUCAGCUCGGUAGUGAAAUAGGAAGUUUCAUCCUUCAUUUUCUCUCAGAAACUCCAAUUUGACAAUGAUUCACAUGCAGAAAUGCCUUCUCGAAUGCUCUGGUAUCCACGUGAGAGAUUUCAGCGCUCGGGUGGAACAUAGAAAUGAGAAAAGAUGCAUUGAAAAGGAUAGAAUCAACAUUUUGUUUUCUUGCAUCACCUCUACCUACCUCAGACCCACUUAGUUGAGCAUUGAGAGAGAUUCUCUCCACUCAGGAGCUUUCUCCUAGAGAAAAGAGUGGACUGAGUAUUUGACUUUUGUGGAUCCAGGGACCAGGCCCACCCCAGCAGACUUGGGUUCUAGCAGUUUCCAGGGCUACUCCAAUCCCCACUCCAGCCCCCACCAACACCAUCCUAGUGGCCUGCACCCACAGACCCAGGCUUAGUCCUUCCCCAGUGGACCCUAGGACCAAGGUUUCUCCCUCAGACUCAGGGUCCAGACCUACCUACCUGGGUUCCAGGCUGUGCCCUGCAGACUCAAGCUUCAGGCCAGCACCCAUGAAGCAAUAGGCCUGCCCCAGUGUUCCCAGCACCAGGCCACCCCCUCAAUCCCAGGUUCCAGGCCCACCCCAUAUGAUCCAGGUGCCAGGUCAGCCCCAGUGGAACCAGGCUCCAGGCCUACCACUUUAGUUCCUGGUUACAAGCCAGACUCUAUGCACCCAGGCUUCAAGUCUGUCCAUAUAGAUAGGCUAUGUGGCUGGAUCCUUGACUGACCGAAGUGCCAGGGUCUGUAGGUGAGUGGGCUCGUAUCAGACCAGCUCCUACAGACCCUGGCACCAGGCCUGUCCACCCAUGGACUCUGGUACCAGGCUUUCCUGAGGAAACCACCAGGAGCCGCUCCCAGAAUGUCUACCCAGGCUGACUGGUGAAGGGCUCUCCAUGUAGAAGCCUGUAAUUACCGGAAGAGGUAAUUUCCUUAAGUGUGCAGACAGGAAUGCAAGGCUGCAGGAAUCGAAGGAUCAGGAAACCAGUGCCACCAAAGGAAUGAAAGUAUUAAUAACUGACCCAAAAUGUAUAGAGAUCUACAAAAUAGACUGAAAAAUAACUCAAAAUAAUUAAGGAGGCUUAGUGAGUUAUAAGAGAGCACAGAUAGUCAACUAAGCAAAAUCAGGAUAACAAUACAUAAAUAAAACAAGACAACAAUGGAAUAGAAAUUUUAAAAAAAGAACCAAAUUAUGGAACUAAAUAUAAUGACACCUAGAGCAAACUUGAUCAAUCAGCAAGUUCAAAAACAGUUCCGAAAGUACACAGAAACAAAAAGGGAAGAAAGUGAAGAAAGGCUAUUUACUGGACUUUGGGACACUGGAAUAUAAACCCUGAUAUUUGCUUGUUUUGUUUUAUUGUAAUGCAAGUGCCUGAUUUAGCUUUGAUUGUUGAAGCAUCCAUUUCAGAGGCAUCCAUUUCAAAAAUAGCUAUCUUGCAUCCACACAUCACCAGCAACGCAGCCAAAGAACAAGCCCGCCUUCCCCCACUGAGGUUCCUUUGUUUUAGAGGUCAUGGUUGAUUUUAAUAACUACGUGGGCUACCUGUUUUCUCUUCCAGCACUUUAAAUUCCCACUGUUAUGUUUUAAAUUCAGCAGUAUAGAGUCAGCCUGUAAAACCCUAGGCCACCACCCUCAACCCCAAUAAAAGCGGAACCCCAGGCUCAUGUGCUCUCUCUGCCUGAAAACUUGCUGUGUAAUUUCUAGGUCUUGUAAUAAACCUGUAUCAUUUCAGAGUU